UCUCAGCUCUCGCCACUGUCCCCCGCCCACCACAGCCCUCGCGUCCGUUCAAGGUACACGUACAAGCUUGCACUACAAAAAUCACUAUAAACAUGGACAAGUCUUGGAUGUCAACACCUAGGGGUACGACACGGUAUAACGAUGGGUGUAGGGCGUUUGUGGCAUUUGCCGUUAGUAAUUGUACGGCCGGCGAUGGAAAAAUUUACUGCCCAUGCAAGUAUUGUCGAAAUAACCAGCGUCACACUCCUGAGUACGUUCUUGCCCACCUGACUGGAGGUCGGGGGAUGAAUCCGGGAUACAAUUUGUGGUAUAUGCACGGUGAGACUACGACUGGUUCCGCUAUUCCUGGUCAGUGUUCGAGUCAUCACAGUGGCACAGAGGCCGCUGACCGUAGCACUGAACAUGGUGAUCAUGUCACAGAACAGGAGGGUGUCGCCGUGGAACAGGAUGAUAACAUGCACGCCAUGUUGCGUGACGCCUUCGGCGUGCACGAUGUUCCUGAAGGGGUCAGUACUCUUCCGCAACAAGUUGAUGAAGAUACCUCGUGCGGGGACGCAUUGAAGUACCAAGAGCUGUUAAAGACUGCCGAGAAGCCCCUUCACCUUGGCGAAAAAGUUCCUAAGUAG